AUGAAACGUCCGAAACCACUGACCGCACAUUUCAUGGAUACGACACACCGCAGCAGUACUCAACGCCGCCGUCCGAUCGCCGUCUCGUCAACAUUCAACGUCGCCCAACCGUCCGUCAGUAGAACAAAAUCAAAAGCACAAAGUCAGCUGAUGGGGCACUUGUUAAGGGCUAAAGUCUACCCAUCGAAGCUGUAUCUUAGUACUGGAUUAAUUUGUAUGAUCCUGCAUAUGUUCGUCGAUCAUUUUACCGGGGAAAAAAAUAAGGUGAAAGCAUACAUUGCGGAUUGUGUGUGCUUUUCGUUUAAACAACAUUUUUGCUCAUUAGACAAAUAA